CCUUACCUUAUCUCCCUGAUACCGGUGGCCACUGCUAUCCAUCCCAACCCGGAAGCAGAGAGCAAAGAGCACUUUUGCCGUUACUCUAUCUUCACUUCCAACACCCAAUAAUAAAUAAUAAAUAGAACGAAACUAACUUCAUUAAAUUCCCGUUCCUCCGCGGCAAUAACAACAAAUUCGAAGCUCAAAUUUCGCCGAACAGAAGCAUGGCAGCGUCGUCACUCUGUUCCUCUUUCACCACCAAAGCAUGGAGCAACGCACAGAGUAGUAGUAGUAGUGGUUGCCGUCGUAACCACCACAAAACCGUAACCCUAGCGGGUUCCAAUUUUCUUCGCGGAGACUUUCAGCUUCUACAUACGACAUCGUUUCCUGCUUCCGGGAGCAGAGCGCGGCGUGGCAGGAGGCGCCGAUCGGGUGCGGUGGCGUCCCUUGGAGGGUUGCUGGGCGGCAUCUUCAAGGGCACUGAUACGGGAGAGUCGACGAGGCAGCAAUACGCUGCGACUGUUAAUGUCAUAAACGGUUUGGAACGCGAAAUUUCUGCGCUGUCAGAUUCGGAACUGAGGGACAGGACUUUUGCGCUCAGGGAACGCGCGCAGCAGGGCCAAACACUCGAUUCUCUCUUGCCUGAGGCUUUUGCUGUUGUAAGAGAGGCUUCAAAAAGGGUUCUCGGUCUUCGUCCUUUUGAUGUUCAACUGAUAGGUGGAAUGGUUCUUCAUAAGGGAGAGAUAGCAGAAAUGAGGACUGGAGAAGGGAAGACAUUGGUUGCAAUUUUGCCAGCAUAUUUGAAUGCUUUAACUGGAAAGGGCGUUCAUGUUGUGACCGUUAAUGAUUAUCUGGCUAGAAGAGAUUGUGAGUGGGUUGGUCAAGUCCCUCGCUUUCUUGGGUUGAAGGUUGGCCUCAUCCAGCAGAAUAUGACAAGUGAGCAAAGAAAGGAAAAUUACUUAUGUGACAUAACAUAUGUCACCAACAGCGAGCUCGGUUUUGAUUACUUAAGAGACAAUCUUGCCACGAGUGUUGAGGAGCUUGUCGUAAGAGGUUUCAAUUACUGUAUCAUUGAUGAGGUUGAUUCCAUCCUUAUUGACGAAGCUAGAACUCCACUCAUUAUAUCAGGACCUGCAGAAAAACCUAGUGAUCGAUAUUAUAAGGCUGCAAAGAUAGCAGCUGCCUUUGAACGAGACAUACACUACACUGUGGACGAAAAACAGAAGACAGUUCUACUUUCUGAGCAAGGUUAUGAAGAUGCUGAAGAAAUUUUAAACGUCAAAGAUUUAUACGAUCCACGAGAACAGUGGGCUUCAUAUAUCCUAAAUGCAAUAAAAGCGAAAGAACUAUUUCUCCGAGAUGUAAAUUACAUAACUCGUGGAAAAGAGGUCCUAAUUGUCGAUGAGUUCACUGGUCGAGUUAUGCAGGGGAGAAGGUGGAGUGAUGGACUUCACCAAGCAGUUGAAGCAAAGGAAGGGCUACCAAUUCAAAAUGAAACAGUUACACUGGCUUCCAUUAGUUAUCAGAAUUUCUUUCUGCAGUUUCCUAAGCUUUGUGGUAUGACUGGUACAGCAGAAACAGAAAGCACAGAAUUUGAGAGCAUUUACAAGCUUAAAGUUACAAUCGUUCCAACAAAUAAACCUAUGAUAAGAAAGGAUGAAUCUGAUGUAGUUUUUAGGGCAACUAGUGGGAAAUGGCGAGCAGUUGUAGUGGAAAUCUCUAGAAUGCAUAAAACUGGUCGUCCAGUACUUGUUGGCACCACCAGUGUGGAGCAGAGCGAUUCUUUGUCAGAGCAAUUGAAAGAAGCUGGAAUUCCACAUGAGGUUCUUAAUGCAAAACCAGAAAAUGUUGAGAGAGAGGCAGAGAUUGUAGCUCAGAGUGGUCGGCUUGGGGCCGUGACAAUUGCUACCAACAUGGCUGGUCGUGGGACAGAUAUAAUUCUUGGCGGUAAUGCUGAAUUUAUGGCAAGAUUAAAGCUUCGUGAGAUACUGAUGCCUAGAGUUGUCAAGCCAGAUGAUGGAGUCUAUGUAUCAAUAAAGAAACCUCUUCCCAAAAAGACUUGGAAGGUGAAUGAAAAGUUGUUUCCAUGUCAACUAUCAACUAAAAAUACUGAGUUGGCUGAGAAGGCGGUGCAGUUAGCAGUUAAAACGUGGGGACAGAGAUCAUUAACUGAGCUUGAAGCAGAGGAGCGCCUAUCCUAUUCAUGUGAGAAGGGGCCUGCUCAAGAUGAAGUCAUUGCUGAGCUGAGAAAUGCAUUUCUGGAAAUUGUUAAGGAAUAUAAAGUCUUUACUGAGGAGGAGAGGAAGAAGGUUGUGGCAGCUGGUGGACUGCAUGUAGUUGGCACAGAGCGUCAUGAGUCCCGGAGAAUUGAUAAUCAGUUGCGUGGUCGAAGUGGCAGACAAGGAGAUCCAGGAGGCUCACGCUUUUUCUUAAGUCUUGAAGAUAACAUUUUUCGUAUAUUUGGUGGAGACCGAAUUCAGGGUCUCAUGCGAGCUUUCAGAGUUGAGGACCUACCUAUUGAGUCAAAGAUGUUGACUAAAGCAUUAGAUGAAGCCCAAAGGAAAGUGGAGAACUACUUCUUUGACAUUCGGAAACAGUUGUUUGAGUAUGAUGAAGUGCUCAACAGCCAAAGAGAUCGUGUUUAUACAGAGAGAAGACGAGCACUUGAAUCUGAGAAUCUUCAGUCUCUUCUUAUUGAAUAUGCUGAAUUGACAAUGGAUGAUAUUAUAGAGGCAAAUAUUGGUUCUGAUACUCCAAGAGACAGCUGGGAUCUUGAAAGCUUAAUUGCAAAAAUUCAGCAGUAUUGCUACUUUCUGAGUGAUCUAACCCCUGAUUUGCUGAGGAACAAUUGCUCAGAUUAUGAAGAGCUGAAAAAUUAUCUCCGUCUCCGUGGUCGUGAAGCAUAUUUGCAGAAAAGGGAUAUUGUGGAGCAACAAGAACCCGGUUUGAUGAAAGAAGCUGAGAGAUUCUUGAUUCUGAGCAAUAUUGAUCGCUUGUGGAAAGAACAUCUUCAAGCACUAAAAUUUGUUCAGCAAGCUGUAGGCUUGCGAGGGUAUGCACAGAGGGAUCCACUUAUUGAAUAUAAGCUUGAAGGAUAUAACCUUUUCUUGGAGAUGAUGGCACAGAUUAGAAGAAAUGUUAUCUAUUCCAUAUAUCAGUUCCAACCCGUGCGGGUAAAACAAGAUCAGGACAAAAAGGGGAAUCAGAAAUCAGAGAAACCAAAUGCACGGAAAGCUAAUACCAAUGCCGAUCCAGUUGGUAGUGUUGAACCUUCAACAUCAAGUGCUAGCGCAUAAUUCCAGCACGCCACAAAGUUAUAUAACUAAAGAUCUGGCGCUGAUUUGCUUGCAUGUAAAGUUUAAUGUACAAUAGACCAUGACUGAAAAUGACAAAGAUGUAACAUGUAUCUAGUCUAGAUAUAAAGAACUACAUUAGAAUACAAGUUCAAGAAUGGGUUAUAAACUUAUAGCCAUUCAUUUAGAUGGCUGGGGCAUGUCACUCUCCUCAAUUUGUUCGCCAAAUGUAGCAGUGAAAUCUGGCCUGUCUUUUCCAUGUUUAAAUUCAGUGCCUUUUAAAGUA